CAAAGAGGGAGAAUUUUUUGUCCCGGUGUCAAACAGCCGCUUAAGUUAUAAGCGUCACGUAUCAGUUCCGCGCGCAAGCCACGUCUCUUGCUCCCUUCCAGCUCGGGAAAUCGCAGGCAACUUCGCCAUUGGACGUGUCGACACCACGAGCUCGAGCAAAAAUGCGCCGACUGCGAAACGCUUAGAAUUUUGUCGAACACUUGACUCGCGAAACUCCCCAGACUCUCUCUUGCUCACUCAACUCGUCAACCAAAUCUGCUUCCACAACAGGCAGCUUCCCGAUCCAUCAAUGGAGCCCGACCUCGAGCACCCUGUGAUCGAUACGAAGCCGCCCUGCGACGAGCUGGAGAGGAAGUUCGCUCCGUUCGUCCGCCACGACGUGUACGGCCCCAGGGGGCGCGGCGACCCGCCUCUGGCCGAGAAGGUGCUCCUAGGCCUCGCGCUGGUGACGAUCGUGCCCGUGCGCGUCGUGGUCGGCGUGAGCCUGGCCCUGUUCUACUACUCCAUCUGCAGGGUCUGCACUCUCGGCUUGGAGCCGCACCGGGAGGACGACCAGGAGGACUACGCUCACGUCGGAGGGUGGCGGAGGGCGGUGAUCGUGUACUCCAGGAGGUUCUUGUCCCGGGUCAUGUUCUUCACGCUCGGGUUUUACAGGAUUCGUGAGAGGCGUUGCGGGCCGAGAAUUCUCAAGUCCGGUGAUGGUGAGAAUUUUGCCGUAGAGCAGCUUGAGGAGAACGAGAGGCCGGGAGCGAUUAUAUCUAACCAUGUAUCUUACAUAGACAUAUUGUAUCACAUGUCGUCCUCUUUUCCAAGCUUUGUUGCCAAGAGAUCGGUGGCUGAACUUCCCAUUGUUGGCCUUGUCAGCAAGUGCCUUGGUUGUAUCUAUGUCCAGAGGGAGUCAAAAGCAUUAGACUUCAGGGGGGUUGCAGGUAUUGUGGCUAAAAGAGUUCAAGAAGCUCAUGUGAAUAAAGAUGCCCCAGUAGUGAUGCUUUUUCCAGAAGGCACAACCACAAAUGGGGAAUUUCUUCUUCCAUUUAAGACAGGUGCUUUUUUGUCAAACGCCCCUGUGCUCCCAGUGAUUCUUAGAUAUCCUUAUGAGAGAUUUAGUCCUGCCUGGGACUCAAUAUCUGGGGUGCGCCAUCUUAUUUUUCUCCUCUGUCAAUUCGUUAAUCACUUGGAGGUAACAUAUCUACCUCUUUACUACCCUUCAAAGCAAGAACAGGAUGAUCCGAAACUUUAUGCAGAUAAUGUCAGAAGGUUAAUGGCUGUAAUGGGAAAUUUGAUGCUAUCGGAUAGCGGAUUGGCUGAGAAGCGAAUAUACCACGCUGCUCUCAAUGGUAACUGCAUGCAGAAAGACGAUUGAGUUACCCCAUUGACAUUAGGUAAUUCUAUGGGCAAGGUAGCAAUUAAAGUUCAUUGGUCAAAUACUUCUUGCUGUUGAUGCAUUCCAUUCUCUGAGCUAACAAUUUACGUAGUUACACACCUACGACAAGGUUGAAGCUCUCUUGUGCCGUUGCAAGUCUGAUUAGUCGAG